CGUAAAUAGCGGGAUCCAGUGUUCCAAUAACUGGGGGUGCGGUCGCAGCGUGCGCGAUAUAGUUGAUGGCGAAGAAUGAAAGCAUGUUGCUUAAGAUGUUGAGAUCGUUCUGGCAUUUUGAGGGUAGGAUAGGCGGAGCGGUGAGUACUGGAUAUACGCAGGCAGCGCAAGCGAUGCAGAAAAUGAGGAAAGGAUUGUGUCGAUAUGGCAUAGAGAUGCGAGGAAUUACAUCAUAAUCAUACUACUUCCUGAGGCAGGCUGAUUGACUGGUAGCAACACCACGACGCAAAUGCCUUCCAAGCCACGAUGCAGCACCGUCUCGCAUAGCGAGAACUACCUGCGAUCGUUAUACACCAGUGUUCCAUUUAUUAUUUGGUCAUGUGCUCAUGUUUGCCUCACCCAUAUCGCUAGGUAUCCUGAUGAAGAGCGGGGUGAUCAAGAACAGAGGGUUUCCCGUCCGUCUGACAUCGGCAAGCAUAUUGAGUGGAGUAUGGUGGACGCCUGGAACAGGCAUUCGAACUUACGGUCCAUACCGUCAGGAUCUCGAUACCGAGGGCGUGAGAUUAUGAACACCAACUUCCUACAUGAAAGCGGGACCGCGAAUCUGCAUGUUACCCAUGCCGUGUAAUAGCUCACGGGUACCGUUCGGUACCAGUCCAAAAGCGUCGUCCGCAUAAUGAGAUGUGCGAACACACUUCGGAAUUCUACUGU